AAAAAAAAUCAGUAUCACACAGAAGUAAAGAAUAGGAUAGAAUAGAAUAAUCCUUUAAUUGUCCCACAAGGGGAAAUUUGGUUGUAUCAGCAGCAAAAACACACAUAUACAAACAGAGCAGGACACAGAACAGAAGCACAAUUUUUACAUAUUUACAUCAUGGACAAUAGUUACCAGAGCAGAGUACAGUACAGUUGUUUAAAUUAGCGUACACAUAGUGUGCAAACAGAGCAGGAUACUGAAAGAUGUUUAAAUAGUUCAGAAUAUUUAGAAUAAUUAGAAAAGUGCAGAUUGUUUAUUGUACCUGUGCAUUAAAAAAGUAGACAUGUAACUUUCAAUAAGUUAGUGUAUAUAUAAGCUGAGAAAAGUAAUGUGCAAGUUAUAACAGUAGAAGUUGUUACAGCGCCCAUUUAACCUCUUCAGCCCCAAGGGGGUUUCUGAGCUUCCUGCUCGAAAAUGCAAUGCCUAAAUUAAAUUCCCAGUAAACACCAGUAUGUGGGCCCCACAUGGGCUAUGGGGGUUCCAAGUGGGGAUGGGCUUACAAUGGGCAUCCAAUCUGGGACCCACCUAGGUUAGCCAGACAUAUGUUUCUUGCUCCAUGGGAGAUAACUGUUUCAAUGUAGGGGGGAAAAUUCUUAUUGUGGCAAACAUUUUACAGGAUUGCCAAGUUGUCAAAGCACUGUGUCAGGUCUUUGAAAACUGUAAUGCCUUUUUCAGCUAUCCAUUGGACUCAACAUGCCUUGGAAUUUACUUUGUUUCAAAUCUGUCUAAACAAAUACAUCUUCUAUUACUUGAUGAAUUAAAACAGAAAAUUGUGCUUUUGCCACUGAAGUCUGGAUAUGUGGCAUUGCCACUGCUGUACUAGUUGGCUUCUUUUUGCUUUCUCCCCAGCAUGCUACCAUUUGCAGUUGUUGAUUUUCUGGAUGGUGGAGGUGUAUCCAUAAUUCCUUGCAAGUGGUUUACAGGACCAGCGGAAGAUUCUUGUUUCUGGCCACCAGGGAGAGUCAAUAUCAAUAAGGCUGUAAAGGAUGGAGUUACUCCAGAUGCAAACUGGUCACAGUACAGAGUUCGCAUCUUGGGGAAAGCUGGUAACAGGUCUGGAGGUGGGCACUACCUAUGUGUUCAGAGUGCGUGCAGUCAGUGCUGCAGGAGUGGUUAUGGCCUCAAUGGCCUCUGACCCUGUGACUGCCAAGGCCGUGGCAGGUUCCCAGGAGGUGUCCUGUGUGGUGGAUGAGAAGUCAGGUGACAUUGUUCUGUCAUUCGAGUCCUGCCAGAUAAACGAAGGCUCCAAGUUCAUCUGGAAGAAAGAUUAUAAAGAAAUCACAGAUUUCUCUAAAGGGGUAGUGAUUAAAUCUGAGGGCACCCACUCUAAGCUGAUCUUCAAGAACCCAGAUAAGGAAGACUUUGGGACGUAUUCUGUUUCUGUCACAAACACAGAGGGAGUGUCAUCCAGCUACACAAUCUCUAAUGAAGAGGUCAGCAGCGGAUAGUGAGGACAGCAGAGAGGAUCAUUGGAGGCCCUCUCCGCCCAUCUCCCAACUCUCACGACAAACACAUCAUCCGACGUGUGAAGGACACUUUCCACCCCUCACAUGC